AUCAAUUCUAGUGAACUAUUGAUUUUCAGCCUUUAAAAAUGAAAUCAUUUGACAGCCCUUAUUAAUAUUUAAAAAGCAGUUUAAGUACCGUUAAUGUUUGUUUACUGUGUCCUGCAGAUGUCCAGCAGCUGUUGGUGAGUAAAGAAGAGCUUCCACCUGAGCAGCAGGAGUGGAGCCACAUUCUGGACCAGGAGGACACUAAGCCCCAACACAUUAAAGAAGAACAUGAGGAACUGUGGAGCAGUCAGGAGGAAGAACAGCUUCAAGGACUGGAGGAGGCUGAUACCACCAAGUUCCCCUUCACUCCUGUCUCUGUGAAGAGUGAAGAUGAUGAAGAGAAACCUCAGUCCUCACAGCUUCAUCAGAGACAAACUGAACAGAUGGAAACAGGAGUUGAUGGAGAGGACUGUGGAGGAGCAGAACCAGAGAGAGACUCAGAUCCAGAGAGACGUUUACAACCAGAGACUGAGGUCGAGACUGAAGACUCUGGUGAACCUGAGACUGAUGACAGUGAUGAUUGGAAAGAGACAAGAGAAGAUCUGUCAGAAUUAAACUUGAAAAAUAAGAAACUAAAGACUGGUAAGAGACCACACAGCUGCUCAGAGUGUGGUAAAAGAUUUAACCAGAAAGGGAAUCUGACCAGACACAUGUUAGUUCAUAAAGGAGAGAAACCUUACAGCUGCUCUGUUUGCAGUAAAAGCUUUACCCGAAGAGGAAAUCUGACCACACACAUGUUAGUUCAUAAAGGAGAGAAACCUUUCAGCUGCUCUGUUUGCAGUAAAAGCUUUACCCGAAGAGGAAAUCUGACCACACACAUGUUAGUUCAUAAAGGAGAGAAACCUUACAGCUGCUCUGUUUGCAGUAAAAGCUUUACCCGAAGAGGAAAUCUGACCAGACACAUGUUAGUUCAUACAGGAGAGAAACCCUUGAGCUGCUCCGUUUGCAGUAAAAGCUUUACCCUAAGAGAAUAUUUGACCACACACAUGUUAGUUCAUACAGGAGACAAACCCUUGAGCUGCUCCGUUUGCAGUAAAAGCUUUACCCUAAGACAACAUCUGACCAGACACAUGUUAGUUCAUAUAGGAGAGAAGCCCUUCAGCUGCUCUGUUUGCAGUAAAAGUUUUAACCAAAAACCACAUCUGACCACACACAUGUUAGUUCAUACAGGAGAGAAAGCCUUCAGCUGCUCUGUUUGCAGUAAAAGCUUUACCCAAAGACAACAUCUGACCACACACAUGUUAGUUCAUACAUGAGAGAAACCCUUCAGCUGCUCUGUUUACAGUAAAAGCUUUACCCAUAGACAAAGUCUGACCACACACAUGUUAGUUCAUACAGGAGAGAAAGCCUUCAGCUGCUCUGUUUGCAGUAAAAGCUUUACCCGAAGAGGAAAUCUGACAAAACACAUGUUAGUUCAUACAGGAGAGAAACCCUUCAGCUGCUCUGAGUGUGGUAAAAGGUUUAACCGGAAAGAGUCUCUGACCAGACACGUUAGUUCAUACAGGAGAGAAAGCCUUCAGCUGCUCUGUUUGCAGUAAAAGCUUUACCGUAAGAGGUAGUCUGACCACACACAUGUUAUUUCAUACAGGAGAGAAACCCUUGAGCUGCUCUGUUUGCAGUAAAAGCUUUACCCUAAGACAACAUCUGACCACAUACAUGUUAGUUCAUACAGGAGAGAAACCCUUCAGCUGCUCUGAGUGUGGUAAAAGGUUUAACCGGAAAGAGUCUCUGACCAGACACGUUAGUUCAUACAGGAGAGAAAGCCUUCAGCUGCUCUGUUUGCAGUAAAAGC